GUUAUGGCCGCCGAUUGGCACACGAACGCACGCACACGGAGCCUCGACUCGUACACGAACGCACGAACACGCGCACGUAUCAGGAGCGUAGCAGUCGCUCGCGGCCGAGAAGAGUGAAAAGAGCGACAGAAACGGUCGGUCCGCGCGUUGCCUUGUAAGGCGGAGAGUUGGUGUGUGACGUCCGUGCGCGGAUGGCUCGAAGAACGCCGAUUUUCCUCAGCUUGUACGAGUAUUCUUACCGAGCCGAGGAAAAGGACCAGUGAAAGGAGAGUGCGGACCGGGCGCGACGCCGACCGUCGAUACAACCGCGUAUACGUAAAAUCCGACAAUCCGUCAAGUUUAAAAGCUGCCGAAGGCACCAUUUUCAUCAUCCCCCGUAGUGUGUAUAUCGAAUAGAAAACCGCUUAUUAAACGCAACGCGAGUGUUCCCAAGCUACGGACUACGGAGGUACAUCACGAGCGCGAGAGGGAAAACGAACGAACGAACGAAAGGGAAGCGAACAGAAGUAAAAAGGAUAACGAAGGGCAUCGACGAAGGGAAAGAGAGAAAAAGAGGGAACUCGCGAAACGGAAAGAGAGACCGAGAAAGAGAAGCGAAAGCGAGUUAAAACGCCAAACGAUACGUAAGAGACAAAGGCCACGGCGGCAUAACCUCCAAGCGGAUCGUGCCGCGCGUUACGAGCAUCUAUCCCAACCUCGUAGAUCACGUUCGUUUUCUCGAAGAGUUCGGUAGAUCGUUUACAAGAGAUUAUAUUUUUGCAAGUGCAUGCCUGCCCGGUGCUUUCGUAUGAAGUGUCGCGUGUACAAAAGAGAGAGAGAAAGAGCACGUGCAUGAGAGGAACGCGUACAUACAUAUUUUCUUCGAGGUAUAUACAGAGAAAUCGUAAUUGAAGAAAGUGAAAGAGCGGGACGGUUGUUUGUACAGUCGUGUUUUUGCGCGACACCUGGUAUACGAUACACGUCCGCGAGUGUUGUGUUAACAAAUUCACUCCUGCGACGGGAAUAAAAAGAGAAGGCGAGAAAGGCGACGGAUAAUAUUCUUAGUGCUGCAGUCUACAGUUGAUGGAUGAAACUGGCAGGAUGCUGCAACACGGAGGAUCAGGUGUUGGUCUGAUGGGAGGGAACCAGGGCCAGGGGGCCCAAAAUACCGCCGGAUACGGUAGCAUGGGACCCGUAGAUGGAACUGCGACGCAAGGUCCGGACCAGGCCGUGGAGGCAAGGAAACAAGACAUCAGUGAAAUUUUACAACAAAUUAUGAACAUCACAGAUCAAAGUUUGGACGAGGCGCAAGCGAGGAAACAUACGCUCAAUUGCCACAGAAUGAAGCCAGCCCUGUUUUCGGUUCUUUGCGAGAUCAAGGAGAAAACAGUGUUGUCGUUAAGAAACACUCAAGAAGAGGAACCACCGGAUCCGCAGCUAAUGAGGCUGGACAACAUGUUGAUCGCGGAGGGUGUUGCCGGACCAGAGAAGGGCGGCGGAGCGGGAGCGGCGGCGUCGGCAUCGGCGGCUGCGGCUGCUGGACCACCUGGACAACCCGACAAUGCCAUCGAACAUUCGGACUACAGAGCCAAACUCGCUCAGAUUAGGCAGAUUUACCAUCAAGAGCUGGAGAAAUACGAACAGGCGUGCAACGAGUUCACCACCCACGUGAUGAAUUUACUGAGGGAACAGAGUCGUACCAGGCCGAUCACGCCGAAAGAGAUCCAGAGGAUGGUCGAGAUAAUUCACAAAAAGUUCUCGAGCAUUCAGAUGCAAUUGAAACAAUCCACCUGCGAGGCCGUGAUGAUCCUCAGGAGUAGAUUCCUUGACGCGAGGCGUAAAAGACGAAACUUCAGCAAACAGGCCUCCGAAAUCCUGAACGAGUACUUUUAUUCGCACCUCAGUAAUCCUUAUCCGAGCGAAGAGGCCAAGGAAGAGCUCGCGCGAAAAUGCGGAAUCACCGUGAGUCAGGUUUCCAAUUGGUUCGGCAACAAGAGGAUACGCUACAAGAAAAACAUAGGUAAAGCACAGGAGGAGGCGAACUUGUACGCAGCCAAAAAGGCAGCUGCAGCUUUUGCAGGAGCAUCGCCGUACAGUAUGGGUGGUGCCAGCCAGGGCACCCCGACGCCGAUGAUGUCGCCAGCGCCGCCUGGUGGGCCGCAAGACAUGGCCGGAUACGGAAUGGGUAUAAACGGUAGCGACUAUGGCUCGCAACCGUACAACGACGGCUCGAUGGGUUACGAUCCCAUGCACCAGGGCAAGGCAUUGGCUGGGGGGCCAGGCGCGACGGGAUGGAUGCAACAACGCGAAGCGGUACCGGAAUUUCCGCCGCUCCACGAUUCAGCGGACUCUGAUUCCGACCGAGAAAAUGAGAAACGACCGCGCGUCUAAAAUUACCGUUUGCAACGAGCGAAAUAGAGAAUUAUAACGAAAUCUAACGAGAGAAAGAGAGAGAGAAAGAGAGCGAACGAACGAGCGAGUGACCAAAUCACUCGUAGAAGAAACUAAGCGGAGAGUGUACUUUAGAAACACAUACACGUUCGAUGACAUACCCGUGUACACACACAUACACACACGUGCGCCUGGAGAAUAACGUUCGUUGACAAUUGUAACGUUAAUUUCCGAUUUCGAAGCGUUUUUCUCUUUUUCUUGAUCGAGGAGGAAGCACGAUCGAGCAAAGACGCGAAAAUCAAUCGCGUUACUCGAUCCCAAGGUGAUUGUAAAGAUUUCUAGUACUUUUUAUUCGCGUCUUUGGUCGCGUCAUCCUUCGAUCUCGAUACUUUGAUCUUGCCUUAUCGAGUGACUGUGCGCGGACAUCCACGUCACGUGUAUUUACACACAGAGGAUUUAAAAGUAAACAGACAGAGAGUCGAAGAGAGAAAGGAAUGGAAUGAGAGAGAGGGAGAGAGAGGACGAGAGAGUGGAAAGGAUGGUAAACGAUAAGAGAAAUUGAUAGGGCAAAUCGUGGAUUUCUAUAUGAACAUAGGUUCGCUUCUGUUAAGACAAUAUACGGCGAUGUACUGACGUCUGGCUAAGGAGAGAAAGGGUGAGAGCGUAUACAAUCAAUUAGUUUUUUAGUUUACGUAUGCUAUAUAUACACACACGUACACACACGACGCGUGGUAAGGUUCACGAGUUUGCGAUAUCGUCAUGAUCUGCCGAAAUAAAAUCGCGGUAUAUUUCUAUAUUUCUAUGUGUCUAUCACGAUGAUUUUAAUGCGUCAGCCUCGAUGUAUCGUGAACGACGAAACAAAAACUAUUGGACUUUACCACGCGCACACGUAAAUAGAAUUUAGCUUGUACAGAUACUUUUAUUCCGUCUCCUUUCUGGAAUUUUUCUCGGAUCUUUUUUGUCACAACCUAUAUUUUUUUUUUUUUUCUUAACACUCGAUUUUGUUUUGCAAAAAGCGACCCCUAAUAUCUCGAUAUCCCUCCACUUAUUACUUGCGUAGCAUAAUCUUAUAUGCUGGGUUAGGAUUUGAAGGAACAAAAUACGCGUAUACGUAUACAAUUGCUCGUGAUAGUCUCCGUGCACUCGAUAAAAACGAUACUUUUUAGUUGUUUUCGAAGUAAUAAUAUCUAUUUUAUACGUAUUAUUCUAUAGGAAUAUUUGUUCCUACUAAAAUGAAGCUAUUCGACAACUUCGUAUGUUAAUUUCAAUCGGAAAGACUCUUUUAUAGCGUGUACGAAGAUACAGCGUGUAAGCGACUGUAUAUGAUACUAUUUUUUUUAACGAUACGACGUUAUUUGCUAUGAUAUCUUGACGAAGGACUGUCGCUACGAGAAGAUUUUAUUUUUCUAAAUCGGUAGGCAGCAUUACCGAUUUGAAACGAUCCUUUUUAAAUCUAAUCCCAGCACCGUGUAUCGUGUAAUGCAAGCUCGAAUGUCUCCUUUCGUUCGGUUAUGGUUUAAGUUCCGAAUAUUAAGCUUCGAAUUGAUAUUUUCUGCGACCACGAUUGCGUUUUCGCGAAACGUAUUUCUGCGUGCUAACUUUUCUUCCGUUUCGGUUUUUGACGCGAGGACACCAUUAUUUUUACAACGAGAAAAACAUUACGAAUUAUACGAUCGUCGUAUCGGUAAAUACCGAAAUAUUCGAACGUUUGUCAAGGUGUCCUCGUUGCGAAAAACUCCCCUGAUAUUCGUCGUUAUUCUUUGUGUUACGUUGGAAAAUUGUAUGCAUGAUUGUACCCACGAGCGAAUUGAGAAAGAAGAAAAAAAAAACAAGCUCGAAAGCCGUUUUCCCAUCGUUUUUUCUUUCAUUUUGUAAACAAGCGUUUCAGCACGAGAUCUUAUUAAAAUUCCUUCCUCCUUACGCCAUUUUUUUCUCUUGUUUCCGUUGAUUUCAUUUACCCGACACACACACGCAGCGUCGAAUCCAGAAUCCUUACGGAAUCCUUUCACGAAGCGCGUACAAAAUUUUACUAAAAUAAAGAAAAUAUCCGUUGAAACGUAAAAAUCGAAGUUUCGCGCCUUUUCAACUAAGGCAGAAAUAGUGAUUUUUAACGCGUUGACUACAACAACGGACGUGUACAAUAAAACUGAUCGAAAUUGUAAUUAUUAAGCACGUGGAUCGACAAUAAUUUCAGUUUAUUACAUCUGAAAAUUUCGUUAACGAGAUUUCGAUUCUAUUAUAUUUAUUGCGGUGGUCAUCGGUGAUCUCUUUAGUCAACGCGUUAAGUCGACAAAUGUUUGGUCAAUAUUAAGAGCGAAGAAAAUAUUUUUGGAUAUUCAGUUGAUUUUGGAAUACGACUGGAUUCGACACUCGAGGUAUACGAUUGCGCCUGUCUACCCUUAGUUGGUCGUACGUACAUACGUAGGUACAUAUGUAUUGUGUAUACGUUAUAUACAUGUGUAUAAAGAUCUCUAUAUUCUGUACUUUCGUAUAUAUCUGUAUCAUUCUCGUAUAUACCAGCAUCACGAUGAUAACUUGCUUCCAAAAAGAAAACCGGACAGAGAAACGUAAGGAUCGCGUUGUCUCGAUCGAGUUUUCGAGCGUACGCGUGCAUGAGACCAGUCGUCAAGAAAAGAUAUUUCCGGUGGGAAAGAAAAUUACUUAGCUCCUCUAAUUUCUUCGAAUGACCUAAAAGUCCAGAAUCAACGAGAGAAAUUGUGUUUUUUCUCGCGCGACUAUCAUCGUGAUGUUACGCUCGCGUACACGGCCGGUACUGUUUGCUUUCAGGAGCUGUCGCCUUGAAAUACUUAGAAGAAUCGCUAAACGAGGAAACGCAAAACGAGAAUGAAUAAUAGGAGUUGUAGGGAAAAUGCAAUUAAAUGUAUAAUGUAAGAUGACGAUGUAUCCGUGAACUGAAUGCUCUCGCGCGAUCCGAUCACCUCACUAUCUGUGAUCCGAGGCUCGUCCCUAAAAACGACGGGUAAUACGAACUUAUAAAUCGAUAUUAAGCUAUUAAUGUUAUGUAAUACGUUCUAAUAGCGAAGAAGCGUUCACGUGUUCUUCGCCGAUGCGCCGAGGUAAUCGACGAACAAACACGAAUCAUUUUCAUCGUAUUUGUUUGUCGAAGACAUCUGAUUUAUCGACUGAGCGUAGACGAGCGACCGCCAUAUUGCGCCAAAUUGACCUCUUGCCUUAUAAUCGCGUAUACGAUUAUCGUUUGUAGGAACAAAUCUCAAUUUAGUAAGUAGAUAAUUAACCUUUUUAUUGCUAUUCGGUUGAAAAAUUCUAUACGCUUUGCGAGCAUAUCAUUUUUAAGUUCUAGCACUGAAGCGUCGAAAUUCCACGGAAUCUACAAUUUCUGUACUUUCGUUUAGCAUUUUACGUUCGAUCGUAUGUCGCGAAAUAAUUCAUUUCCAAAUCCCGAUUAAUAAUCGUUACAUUGCAUAGAAACGAAAUAACGAGAGAAGAAUGAACGAACGUAUUAAUUCGACAUUUUGAUUCGAUUUUUUAAUUUCACGGAGUUAGCGAUGACAUCGUAGGGCGAGAGGUUGAACGGAAAGGCAGUUGUUUCAUUCGCGAAAAAGGAAAGAAACAACGUUCUUUUCAAUCUUGAUCUUCUCUUUCUCUCUUUUUAUCCGAUAUUGUUCGAUAAUCAAGCGUGAACGCUUCUAUGCAUCGACACCCUUUUCCCCUCUCAGAGUGACCCAUCGAAACGAAAAGACAGUAAGAAUUAAAAAAAAAGAAAGAAGAAAAGAAAAGAACGAUAAACAAGUAAUGGAACGAACAGAAAACGGAACAGUAACGAAGCAAUGGUCCUGCGACACAACACUAAUGUAUACGAUUUUUCAACAUGAAAAUAUGAUAUAUUGUAGCUAUACAUAUAGAAGUAUAUAAAAAAAGAGAAUAGUACAUAGGCAAAAAAAGUGUAACGGCUAAGAAGUACAUCAUUGUAAACGACGACGCUAAUUAGUAAAACGGAAUUUAUUUUAUAAUAAUUAAUAUUAUGGUCGCUAAAUAUUAUUGCUACUGCUAUUACUAUCUUUGUUAUUAUUAUUAUUAUUGAUAUUAAUAUUUGCGGUUUAUCGCGAUUGCAAUUGUAUCAUUAACGAUCACACGAACAGCGAUUUAUUGAUAUUUUAUGGAUUAUUGAAAUUUAUUAUCGCGCCCGUUUGUUGGACGUAUGUUUUUUAAGCUGAACGAACAAGAGUCGAUGAUAAGCGUCAAUCUUAGGUGAUUUCUAUCGAUUUAUUAAUACCAUUUGAUUGUCCACGAUUUUUACUCGUGACGAAUUUUGCGGCUCGACGGUUUAUUACUUAGCACGUAGGGACUGAAGCGAAAACGAAAAAAAGAUAUCCAUUUAUUGUAUAAACGAAAGCGAGGCGAAGGUGAGAAUUAUACGAGUAUCCUGCAAGACGAUUAGGUGGUUAAUAUUCUGUUGUUAAAUAAUAUGUCGCGGGUGAAAUUGUAGGCUGAAGAUCGACCAUUGAGAACUUAACGCUCUUUGUAAAUUCUUUUCAAAAGCGACUUUCGAAGUAUUUGAAAAUGAGAGCAGCAUCAAAAUUUCAUUUUAUAGCGACAAAUACGCGUUUCGUUUGUUUCCGGAUAGUGAAUCAGAACUUUUUUCAGAGUUACGUUUUUGUCUCAAAAGUCAAUCUUCAGCCGAUUCUGUCGCCAACCAUGCGACCAGUACAAGUGCGUUUGGCACAGCUAGUAUACGACAAAAAAAAAACGCCUAAGGUUCAGUGUGAGAGCGGCUUUAGGCGUCCCUUAUAAAGCUCUACGUAACAUUUAAUAAAAGAAAUGAAAACGAGUCGAGAGUACGACGGUCGAUAAGGUGGAAGAAAAAAGAAUAAGAAAUAACGUUUAACAUUUAUGGAUACACGAUAUAAGAUAUUAUAUAUUCAUAUUUCCUCGCAAAUCCCCUCCGCUCGAUCCUUUCCUCAAAUCAUCCAGUUUCGUUUCGAGAUAAUCGACGAUCAUUCAUGAAAUUUACUCGAGACGUAAGUCGACGCUGAUUUAAUACUGCAUUUAUGUUUCACAUCAGACGAGAUUUCACCUUACUUUCCUCCACAUUCGUGAAAUUAUUCGCUGUUUUUUUGUUUAUUAAGCAAUUCUAUCUUCCAUAUGUCUUGAAGACGGUUAGAAAAAUAUCGCAGUUUCAUGAAGCGUGAAAUUUUAUUUAUAUAUUUCUCCUAAUGAAUCUUUCAUUAUUUGAGGAUGCGGUGUACAGUGAAAAGUUUUGUACGAUUAAAGAAAAUGGAAAGAAAGUUGAAGCCACGUUUCGAUGUAUACGACAGUAUACCACAGAAAUUAUUGUAUCGAUUAAAAUCAUGGUAAACUUAAUAAAACGCUCAAAAAUAA